UUUCUCUUCUUAUUGUCAACCAAAGACAAGUUAAACUCGUUUCGCUCGAGUGCAAGUUGAACAGAAGGCUAUUACAGUACAUCGUUUAAUAGUAAAAGACGUAGUAUGCGUGAACCGUAAUCAGGCCAAUGAGAAAAAUGAGUCCAAAUCAUAUUGAAAUUGGUGAACGAGAAUUGGAAUAAUAAGAAGCUAAGCUUGAAGCAUUUAAAAAGUUAAAGUGCUUUUCUUGAUUGUUUGAAAAUGAGUUCAAGUAUGCUUGACAGUGCUUUCGAGAAUCCAUGUUUCGUUCCCGAUUCUGAACUAACAAUUCCGUCAGAAUCCAAUUCGGAUCAAGAAGAACAUCUACCUGAUUCUUAUGUGGAUCAAUUCGAGUGCAAUUCCUCACCGAACAACAGUGAGAAACAUUCGGUGGAACAAGAACAUUCAGCACUGCCUAGAACGAGUAUCAGUACCACUUCGAGUGCCCCCUUGGAACACCUCGAAAAUUUUCUUAGCGAUGCUCGUUCAAGUUUGGACGAGUCUCCAGUUGAUACUUUAAGAAGGCUCAGCAUUGUGAAAUUUGAUACACAGCAAGAAGGUUAUCCAAGAUCAGCGUUCAUUUGGAAACUCGAUCGCUUAAUGCAAAGCUUCCCUGUAAAUCUUCUGACAACGCUCUGCAUCUUGUCCGACCUGGGCGUUGUUGUUGCAGACGUCAUUGUUAACAGUCUGAUAUACCAGAUUGAAAUUUCCGGAAACAAGGGUGGCAAUACGGAAGGAUCAAGAGUUAUCUAUGUUCGAGAUAAUUACGUCAUAACGGAUUUUAUUUUUUCUGUCUAUCUGCUCAUCGAGCUUCUUCUGCGUAUCGUCGCCGUAGGAUUAAUUCCUUUUGUUCAACAAUGGCACAACGACCUGGAUGCCUUGGUGACCUUCUCCACCUUCAUUUUUUCCUUGGUGGACGUCAUCGUUGAUGACACUCCCACAUCCAACGGCUUACAAUACCGGCUUCUACAAACUGCUAGACUGUGCCGCCUAUUCAGAAUUGUUCGUGUUUUCAGAAUUUAUACGAUGCAAAGACGAUUAGCUAAUGCAGCUCGACUAAUGGUUUCCAGAAACAAACGCAGGUAUCAACACGAUGGCUUUGAUUUAGAUUUAACGUACGUCACAGACAAAGUCAUAGCCAUGAGCUUCCCGUCAUCGGGCAAGAUGUCAUUCUAUCGAAAUCCCAUAUCUGAGGUUGUCCGACUGUUGGACACGAAACAUCCCAAUUGCUACAAGGUUUACAAUUUGUGCAGCGAACAUAGUUACAAUCCAUCGUAUUUCCACGGCCGAGUUGCACAUUUCCCAAUUGACGACCACAACGUGCCAACUUGUAGGCAAAUGAUUGAAUUCACCAAAAGUGUACGCAACUGGCUGGAAUCAGAUCCCAAUAACGUGAUUGCCGUUCACUGCAAAGGGGGUAAAGGUCGAACAGGAAUGAUGAUCUGUGUCUGGCUAGUGGAAGCAGAACUUUUUCUUAAGGCAGAAGAUUCGCUCGUUUACUUCGGAUCACGCAGAACAGAUACUCGAUACGGUCAUGCGUUUCAAGGUGUAGAAACGCCCUCGCAGAGCAGAUACGUCAGAUAUUACGAACGAAUCAAAGAAAACGGAGGUCAUUUACUACCAGAUAAAAGGCUUCAUCUACGCAAAAUACGCAUGGAAGGUAUUUCACGUUUGGGUAAAGGCGAUGGCUCUGAUUUCAGCGUGGAAGUUUACGUCGGCCGGGAUUCAUCUCCCGUACUGCAAGCUGAUUUUCGGAAACAACAUUGCUGUCAGACGAUUUUCCUAUCACGCGAGGAGGCUGUCGAAUGUUUGCUCAACAAAGCUCCACCGAUUCACGGCGACGUGCGAAUCAUAAUCCGGCAUCGAUCGAGAAGUGUGCCCAAGGGCUACAUGAACGCCGUUCUCUACUUCUGGUUCAACUGCAGCUUUGUGGAAAACAACAGGCUACGAUUAAAACGUGAAGAGUUGGACAAUCCACAUAAAUCAGAAACGUGGCGUUAUUUCACUCCCGAUUUUGCUGUGCAACUAGACUUCAGUGAAUGCAAUCGAACGGAUGCUGAUGCGAACGUAUCAACAACACUACCUGAACUUUUUUUACAAGAUUAGUUAUGCCAUGCCCUUAUUUUUUUCCAUUUUACCUUAUACGCAUAUGUUUAUUUUUAAUGUCAACGACAUUCAAAAGUGAAACGGAACUAUCAAACGUUAUAAACGCACGUGAAAACUGCACACAGAAAGCAAUAAUAUAAAUUUGCGUGCAGCCUAGUUCCUGAUGUCCAUGGCUAUGUCCUGUCGCUAUGUGUGAGAUUCGGUUUGAAAGGUUUAUUCGGAUCUGCGGUGUGG